UUCAUAUAACACACAAAAAAUGUGUGACAAAUAGAGGAAAAAGCUUUAGGGUUUCAUAUCUCUCUUUUACUCUACUCUCCAAAAAAGGCUCCUUUAGAUCUCAAACGACUGGGCGAUGGAAGCUGCGAAAUUGGGAAACGAAGAGGUUAGACAUUCUGAUAGGAUCAGCCAGCUACCUCAUGACUUGCUCUUACGAAUCCUUUCACUGGUUCCGGUAAGAACGGCAGUGUCCACAAUCUUUAUCUCUAAACGAUGGAGAUCUGUGUGGACGAAGAUGCCAACGCUCGUGUAUGACGAAACAUGCCCUCACAUUGGUUCCCUUGGAUUUGACCAAUUUUGCGUCAUGUACUUGCCAUUACACGAAGCUCCUGUUCUCAAAACCCUAAAUAUCAAUCUUAAUCACUCCGUUUCCUUCGAUACUCUCUUAUUCCCAAACAUUCGUUCCACGUCUCUCCUGAAGAUCAAAAUCACACUGUCUCGUUCUGAUCAUUCAGCUUGUUCCACUCCCAUCAGAUUCCCAAAUAACCUCGACGUCUUCAAAACACUCCUUGUCUUGAAACUCCGAGGCAAGAUUGUUCUGGACGUUGUAGACUCUCCUGUUUGCUUCCCUUCCUUGAAAAAGUUACGCCUCACAUGUGUGAGUUUCCGGUGCGGAGAAUCUUUCAAAAGGCUUUUAUCGGCGUGUCCUCUUCUUGAAGAUCUCAUCCUCAAAAGAGUUUAUGGUUGUUGUUUUAGACGUUGUUUGUUCAGUAUUUUAUCCCCUUCUCUACAGAGGUUAACCAUUAUUACACUAGGUGCCUACAGUUAUUACAAUGACAUGAGUUUCGAGAUAAGUGCACCUUCUUUGAAAUACUUAAACAUCUUCGAUAACAAAAGUUAUUAUAGCUUCGUCGAAGAUAUGCCUAAGUUGGUGGAGGCAGAAGUAUUAGCUGAUCUAUCGAAAAUUGUGAAGUUUCGGAAAGUUCUUUCUCCACUUGAACGUCUUCAGAUACGUUUGUAUCCUGCAAUAAUUACUGAUCUUACGGAUAGUUUAAUCUUCAAGCGGCUUCUUCAUCUUGAAUUACGCUACAGCUUUUACUCUCAUCUACUUCUGGGUUUGCUGAAAUAUUUUCCUAAAUUACGAUCUCUCAAGCUCGUCCAACCAUAUUUCACAGAGAUGACGGAUCAACUCUACUGUUCAGUCUCUGUUCCUGAAUGCUUGAGCUUCCAUCUCGAGAUUCUCCAGUGGUCUGGCUACGGAGGAACACAGAAUGAGAGGGAAGCCGCAGUUUACAUUCUGAAAAAUGCCCAGUUUUUAAAGACUGCUACUAUCUCAUUACAGAAAACGAUCAUGGAUGGUCAGAUUAUGAUGGAGGAUUUGAGAUCUAUUUCCAAAGCUUCGGCCUCAUGUCAGCUUGUCAUCGAAUCAUUUUAAUUUAUUUUCCUAACUAGAUAUCAGAAGCUACGAUAGCUUUCUAGUUCUUAAUAUCAUUGGUCUUAUCACUUACGUCCAAGUAGGAGAAUGACAUUAAAAUUUGUAGAUUGCUCGUCUUUUUAUCAA